AUGCCGAGCACCUCCAGCAUGGCGUGGUCCAAGAGCACCCGCAUCAAAAUCAUGAUCGCCAUCGACACGGCCUUCUUCCUGCUCGAGCUGAUAUCCGGUUUCCUGGCACAUUCGUUGGCGCUAACGGCCGACGCUUUCCACAUGCUGAACGAUAUUAUCUCUCUCGCCAUCGGUCUGUGGGCAGUGAUAGCGUCGCAAAAGGCCACCACCGACGAAUUUACCUUUGGCUGGGUACGAGCCGAGAUCCUGGGAGCCUUCUUCAACGCCGUCUUCUUAAUCGCGCUUUGCGUGUCCAUCAUCCUCGAAGCCUUGACACGCUUUGUCGAGCCGCCCGAAAUCACCAAUCCCAAGCUUAUUCUUAUUGUUGGCUGCGCCGGUCUGUUCUCCAACUUGCUGGGCUUUGUGUCUAGGGGGCGAGAACACCAACGCCGACCGAGCAGAGGUCAUUCUCGCUUUACUAGUAUCGAAGACAUGAGCAUCCACCCCGCCAGCUUCCGACAGGAAAUUAUCGCUGCUAGUAGAGCUGCAUCGUCCAAUGUUCAUGCUGAAAGUGGUGAUGAGUCUCCUUUUGCAGACUCUGAGACCGAGGCUAACGAGGAAUCGGCACUCCUCCCGGAUGGAAAAGCAAAUCUUUCUUACUCUACUGGUUCGGCUCCUAAGAAGCAGAGCGCACGACGAGAUUCUAGCGUGCACCAUGGCCACAACCAUACCCUCCCGCGACAGGCUGGCGCCAAAGUCAGUGGCCAUAACCAUGCCGACAUGGGCAUGCACGCCAUGAUGCUACACGUCAUUGGUGAUGCACUGGGAAACGUCGGUGUCAUUAUAACGGCGCUCGUCAUCUGGCUCACCAACUGGCCCGGCAAGCUCUAUGCUGAUCCGGCAGUCUCGCUCGUCAUUACGGCUAUCAUCCUCAAGACGUCGAUUCCUCUGACUCUUGCUACUUCACGUGUCUUGCUCCAAGCCACUCCUGAAAAUAUCAGCAUCCCGGAAAUCCGCCAGGAUAUUGAACAACUCCCCGGAGUCGUCAGCUGCCAUCAUAUUCACGUCUGGCAGCUCUCUGACACAAAGAUUGUCGCCAGCAUGCAUCUCCAAGUCUCCUUCCCGAUUGACACACGCAGCGGAGAGAAGUACAUGCAGCUGGCCAGGCGCGCUCGGAAAUGUCUUCAUGGCUAUGGCAUCCACAGUGCCACUAUUCAGCCCGAGUUUUGUCUCGAUAUUAAGCAUCAGCACGACGGCGAGGAACCGGCAUUCUCACUUGAUGGGGCAUCUGAUGAACAAAUCCGACCCUGCCUCCUAGAAUGCGUUGAUAACUGCCAAGCACAAGGGUGCUGUAUGGUGGAUACGUCGUCGGCCAGCUCGACUCGAAGAGCUAGUGAAUCUUCACGCAGCGAGGCUCAACAUGACCACCAACAUUAA